AUGGAAGUAGAAAAUGAUAAAGAUAUCAUUGGAAUCAAAGAUUUAGAUAUGAUAUUGGAGGCGGAAAAUCCACCAUCAACCAACAUUGUCAAAAUUCCACGACGCUUACACGUACACGGAAAAAUAGAAUCGACCAGUCAUGAGUUUUUACGAACAACAGACUUUGAAUACGUAAAACUGUAUUUUGUUUUAGGUGGAAAAUACACCUCGAUCGAUGUUCAUAAAAGUCAACAAGAAAGAGAGUUUAUAGUACAUUUAUCGUUUGCCGAAGGUUCUGACUCCAUCUUUGAAGUUGGUGGUUUUAUUUCUAGAGCCAAGAUAAACAUCGAAAAAGAAAAAAUAAAAUAUUCCUAUCAUCUUAACGAGGACCAUACGAAAAAAGAAAUGUCGUUAGUACGCUUCUUUCUAUUAACAUCGGUCGAUAUUCAAGAAAUAGUGAAAGCCGAUGGACGAAUUAGUAGAAUAUUAGAUGGUAUAGUUUACGAAGAAAAUUUUAAAACUCCACCCUAUAGAGAUUAUAUUUUAAUUUUGAGAGAUCUAAGAAAUAAAUAUAAACGAGAAGGUAAUAUCGUGGGUAGUAAUUGCAUGAAAUUAUUAGGUAAUUCCUUGUAUGGUAAAUCAAUUCAGAAAGAUAUAUUUACUACUAGACAUUUAUGGAAUGAAGCAACUUUACAGGCCAACUUUGAUUCACGUGUUAAAACCUAUGAGAAAAUUAAUGAUACUCAAUAUAUUGUUGAAACAGAAAUUGAAGAAAAAGAGAUUACUACCGAAGAUAGUAAAUCUAUACGACUAACACCUAGUCAUUUGGGAUCAUUCCUUUUAUCUCACAGUAAAAAAAUAAUGAACAAUUUCAUUCACGUCAUAAAUGGAUUUUAUAAACCCGAAAUAUACUAUACCGACACCGAUAGUUUGUACAUUUCAUCCAACAAUUGGAAAAAACUAAACAGAGCUGGUUUGGUCUCCGAAAAAGACUAUUGCAAAGGUAAAAACGAUUACGGUGACGGUGGAAUUAUAUUUGGUUUAUAUUUAGCACCAAAAGUCAAAUACAACAUCGUUUUGACUUCUGAUGGUGUUUUAAAAGAAAAGAAAGCGUUUAAAGGUUAUUCUAAUGAUAAGAUAAGUGUAGAAGAUUACGUUCAGUUAGCGACAUGA